AUGACGGUUUCAAAGCAGAUCCGUCGAAUUGCGGUUAUCGGAGCUGGCCCGUCGGGCCUGGCGGCCGUCAAGUACCUUCUGGCCGAGAAAUUCUUUGACACGAUCGAUGUAUUUGAGAAACGGAGCGCCGCCGCUGGGGUCUGGAACUAUUGCCCCGGUGCCUUGAAACAAGGCCUGUCGACGCCUGUACCCCAGCUUGAUCCGAACGAACCCUUGGAGAAACCGAUCUGGCCUAAAGGGAAAUUAGAGCCAGUCUUUGUAUCGCCUAUCUAUAGCACUUUGGAGACCAACAUCCCCAAGGAACUAAUGGGCUUCGGGGAUAAGCCGUUCCCGGCCGACAGCCAAUUGCUACCUCAGCAUACUACGGUGAAGAAAUACUUGGAUGAGUACGCAGAGGAGGUGCGAAACUAUAUACGGUUCGAAACCCAGGUCGAAGAUGUGAGGGGGAAUGGUUCAGAAGCGAGCGCCUGGACUCUCUCUACUAAGGACCUGCGGACGGGAGUUAGCACUAAGCACGAUUACGAUGCCGUCGUCGUCGCCAGCGGACAUUACGACGUCCCUUACACGCCCGAUAUCACUGGCAUCAAGGAUUGGAACGAGAAAUAUCCAGGUGUUAUUUCUCACUCCAAGUUCUUCGACUCACCGGAUGACUUUCGAGACAAGAAAGUCAUUAUCGUAGGGGGUUCCGCAUCAGGGAUCGACAUCGGUAGCCAGAUCAGUGCAGUGAGCAAAGGGAAAACCCUGGUUUCGCAAAGGUCGGAGUCGUAUCUUGCACCCUCCACUGCCACAGACAAGGAAUAUUAUCCCGAGAUAGUGGAGUUCCUGCCGGCAACUCAGUAUACAAGGGCAGUCCGUUUCGCUGAUGGUCGGAUCGAGUCUGAAAUCGAUGCGAUCGUCUUCUGCACUGGCUAUCUCUACUCGUUCCCGUUCCUGUCAACCCUUAACCCUCCGCUUAUUACGGAUGGUCGCAGAACGUUGAAUACGUACCAGCAUUUAUUCUACGCAUACGACCCCACCCUAGUUCUGCCAGCGCUGCCACAGAGGGUCAUACCGUUUCCAUUAUCCGAGAACCAAGCUGCUGUUUACGCACGAGUCUGGUCUGGCCGACUGGCACUCCCAUCCCUUACCGACAUGAAAGACUGGGAGGAGUCCACCGCUGCACAGAAGGGUAAUGGGACCUCGUUUCAUCUCCUGCACUUCCCGCUCGACGCAAACUACAUGAAUUUCCUCUAUGAAUGGGCGGCCCAGGCAUUACCUCGCCCUGGUCUUUCUAAUGACGGCAAUGGGAAAGUAGCUAACCAUUGGGGAGAGAAAGAGAAAUGGCUGCGCCAGUUGUUUCCUGAGAUCCGAAGAGAGUUCAUUGCAAAGGGUGAGGCAAGGAAACACAUUACAAGCCUUGAGAAGCUUGGCUAUGAUUUUGAACAAUGGAAACAGAGCCAGGAGCAAUCCUUGACGAAGUUAUGA